UUACAGGCAUAAGCCACCACGCCCAGCCCAGAGAGGUUUUUUAAACAAAACAAAUAUGUAACUGAUAUCUUGUAUUUUAAAACUAAGAAGGCAUAUGAAAUUGAAUGCAUUCUGUGAGGAGAGUCAGAGUAUUGAUAAAUUUGGACUUACUAAAAUUCCUGGAGUAAUGACUAAAAGAACCUACAAACUAUUAAAGAGAAAAUUGGAAUAGUAAUACAUCAACCCAACAUAAAGAAAGGAGAGAAAACGGAAACAUGCAACAAAAAGAAAACAAAUUAAAAUGCCAGGAGCUCACGCCUGUAAUCCCAGCAGUUUGGGAGGCAUAGGUGGGAGGAUCGUUUGAACCCAGGAGUUCAAGGCCAGCCAGGGCAACAUAGGGAGACCCCGUUUUUAAAAAGUAAUAAGUUCCUGAAGCAGGGAAGGAAGGGCAAGAUGGUUUACAUCUCAAAUGCACAAGUGUUGGACAGCUGGAGUCAGUUUCCAUGGAGAUUAUCUUUGAUAACAGAUUUCUUCUGGGGAAUAGCUAAGUUUGUGGUUUUGUUUUUCAAAACUCUGCUUCAGCAAGAUUUGAAAAAAAGAAGCAGCUAUGGAAACUCAUGUGAUUCCAGAUAUGAUGGUAAUGGAAGAGGGCCACUGGGAAACCCUCCCGGAAGAAUGGGUCCAAUCAAUCAUCUGGGUGGCCCCAGUCCUCUAAUGGCUUGUGGAAGAGGAAGGUAAAUGUCUGCUCUAAGCAGCAACUGGACGUGCGCAUUCAUAGCAGAAGGAAACCAUCAAGAAGUGGAGUACUGACCAUGCUGGAGCAGUAGAUGAAAGUGUCUGUCUAAACAAGGACUGCUCUGUGUCCUCACAGAUGAAUGAGGUCAUGCUGGGAAUUCCCUCUACAGGGAACUGGCCUGACUGACGUGCAGUUCCACAAAAGCACGUUUGUCUCAUUAUCUUUUUAGUAUAGUUUAUUAAAGUAUUAAUAUAGUUUUGUUGUUGUUGUGGUUUUGAGACAGAGUCUCACUCUGUCGCCUAGGCAAGUGC